AUGGUGUUUUCUCUUGGCUUCAUGGCUGGGAAAUGCUUGUCAGUUCCUGAUGAAUCGAACGACUUAAGGUACCAUUCAGUACAUGCAGUUUUCCCAAACCAUGGUAUAGGUGUCAUAUACCUGGAUGAUGCAAGCCGUUUUACUACAUUCAGAAGUAUGGUACCUAAUGUAAUUCUAUCAGGUUCUGAAUGGCCAUAUGGCUGGAACGGGCUUUGCUGGUACCAAAUGGAGUACAAUGAAGCCCAUACAGGCGAUGGGCUGUUAGGUACCUCUCCACUACCACCCAGCCCAAAGCCCCGGCCAAGCGAACUGCCCAUCUUUCCCCAGGCUACCCGUUCCCCUCCAGGCGCAGAUCCCUCCGCCGCCAGGAAUAGCCCGCACAACAUCGCGGCGCCAGAGGCAGACGCGAGGCCGGUGGUGUGCCAAGAGGCAGCCUCUGUUCCCUAUCCUCCGCUUCUCGCGGAGUAUCACAGGCGUCGCCGGACCGGGCCGUCGUUGCCGCUGCUGUCCUUGCGCGGCCGACGCUGCUCCGCUCCCCUCCGAUCCGUAGACCAGGCCCCUGGCGCCAAGUCCCGCACAGAGAGAAGUGAGGCAAACUACAGCGCCUCUUCCAGUCGUCCUCCGACCAGGCCGCCGCGGAAACGGAUGCCCGCGCUGGCACCGCCCGCACUCGCCCCCGAGCCCAACUCCGCGGCCGCCUGCUUCGCCUUGACUCCCAGACGCGAAGACCUGCCCACGGUCGCCCCCGAGUUCAACGCUGCCUGCUUGGCCCUGAUGCCCAGACGCUCUCGACCUGCGCCUGGAGAUGGUGGAGCCAAUAUCAGACUGCUCCUUGCAAAUUUCUUCAUACAAAGUGUGUUCCCGUUUUUUUGGGUUAUUACAGAUCAGAUGCUUAUGAUGGGAUUUAAUUCUUUAUCUACUUUCGUGUUCAGUGUGAUGUUUUCGUUGGAGAAUCAAAAUUGUUGAUUUCACAUGUAAAUCUGUGUCACUCGGGUAGUAACAGGUAAAUCUCUGUCACGGGAGUAUAAGGCUUUCAUAUGUGUUUUUUCUUCUUCUGUAAUCUCGGAACCUUUUACUGCAAACAAAAGGGUGAUUGCUCUGUUUAUGGGCUGAAUAUUCAGCAAGCAGAUCGUAAAAUAAUUUAGAAAGAAUGCAGGAAAGAA